AUGGCCAUGGACCCAACCCGCUCGCCCGCGUUGUCGGCGCGGUCACUGUCUAUAUCGUCUACAUCUGGGCCCACCGCAAGCAACCACAGACGCUCUGGCUCCCGCACCGAAUACUCUGCCUUGACGAGCCACGGCAUGCCAAAGGAGCCAUCGCUGCUCUCGCCAAACAGCCUCGUCACACCACACCACCGAUUCUCUGGCCUCCCACCUUCACCGCGCCCGAGCUACAGUGAGCCCAGAUCACCCUUUCCUCCAAUGUCACCCAUGCCAGCCUUGUCGCCCUCCACACCGGGACCCAUGUCCCCACCAAUGUCUGCCAAGUCUUUCGGUACACUGAUCGACUCGGAGCCUUCCACACCAGCAUACUCACCUCGCCAGGGGUCAAAUUGGGAUGGCUCGACUUUGGUGUUGUUGCCGCAUGUGAGGGCGGGCGAUGCUACGCCUCGCGAGCCUGCUUGGGACAUGUUGGUGCCUCUACAAAAGCCACCAAAAAAACGAUUCUCAAGGCACAAGUCGAAGAGCCUAAUUAGCAAGGAAAUGCUUCCCACCGCAUCACCGUCAUCACAUCCAGCCGUGCCGAUACAGGAAGAACCGCAGACGGAGAACCAUGCACCGGUCGAGGAAGAGCGGGAAAAGAAGGAGGAAGAACAGCCUCCACAGGAUUCCCUUGGAAAGUUGACGUCGAGGGUGAAGAACUUACUCAAGCGGAAGAACCCCACCGAGAAGAAGGAGAGAAAGAGAAAUUAUUAUGAGAUAGAACGAGUCGAGACUGUCCAUUGGACAGAGUUGUGA